AGGCGUGGUGCACUUAGUGCUGCACACGUGCGAGUCAGAGGACCGUGCCAAGGCCAACUGUCUUUCUCCCUUACUCUUCGACUUCCCCCAUCAGAGCGUGGUGCAUUUCAGCGUGGUGUAUUUUGUGCUGCAUUUGUGCGAGUCUGAAGACUGUGCCAAGGCCUUCACAGCCAAUCAGGUGGACUGUGAGGCGCUAGUGGCAGCGCUGGUGGUGGCGGCACAGGCAGAGAAUCACUACGCACCCAUCGCUGUUCUUGUUCGCCUGGCUAGCCGUCCUACCACCUGGGACCAGGUUGAUCAACUGGCUGCAGCAUAUGCAGAGUACAAGGGAGAGAAGCCCCCAGAGCGCACAGCAUCCAUGCCAUCGGAGGAGGAGCAGUCCAAGGAGGACAUUCUGAGAGACAUUGUACGCAGCCAGUCCCACAGGAGCCUCAAGUCAAGAACUGCAGGGGAUAAAAGCUUUGAAGAUCUGGCAGGCGCCGUUGCAAGCGCGGCGACAGGCGUUGCCAAGAUCACUGUAGAGGAGUCGACAGAUGCUUGA